AUGGCCCAGGUAAAGGGAGCUAUGAAGAGCAAGGACGGAUUCACCUCCAACACAUUACGGUCCGUUCUCUCAGAGGUGUACGCUGCGGACAAGACGGCUAAUGAGAAAGUUCCCUCUCCCAUUAUUACGGAAGCUACUUCCAAGUUUGUAGACGCCUCACGUUCCGACUUGGCCGACAAUGAAACACGAGAAGCAACGCUUUUGAUGACCUUUUUGCCACCCCUCAUGUCGGAGGUUGAUGUGGAUCACACUCUCAAAAACAUUAUUGACACUCUGACCGCUGGACGCGACGUACCCAAAACUCAGGCUCUAAUUGGCCUUGUCUUCAAAGAAUUCUAUGCUCAGGUGGACAAAUCAAAUGUUGACCCAAUUCAGGUUAAGAGGCGGGCACAAGUCUUGAUGUCCGAAAUUUCCUCUUGA